UGACUGGAAAGAAAACUAAAAUUUUGAUUGCUAAUUCGUAUGGAAACUAAACUUGGUUACGAAAGUCUAUUCGCGUAUCGGUUCUGCCUACGACUACCGAACGUUAAACGCAUUUUAGUUAUUCUGCUCUUCUAGCUUAAACCGGACAUUCGAAUAGCAAACCCCGAUAAAAGAGAGAAAAAAACGUAUAACACCAUUCAGAUAAGAGCGUUCAGGGUGGAAGUCCCUGCCUCUCACGUGCGGAGUUUCCAAUUAUGGUUUUUCUGGCGGGAGCGUCGGCUCCUCCCACCCUAGUUCGGAGACUUGGAUCUACAUUACACAGUGGAGCUCCCCCGCACACCAUACCCAGCUCGAGUGCGCAUAACAUCCUCCUUCGGUCUUCCCGCGCUCACUGAAUCUCAGUCUGGCAGAGCCUCUGGACUGACCCACUUCCCCACUGGUUGGCUGCUCAGCCGCAAACUCAACACUCCGUUUCCUGAUCUGAAUGUUGACUCACUCUGGCGCGAGCCGCGGUCGAGGGAGCUCCUGCUGAGAUCGACUCAGAACAAGCGUCGUGCCAGGGAAAAGUCACCGUACGGUCGUGGUGUCGCGCCGGCUUUGGUGCUCGGUUGGGCCCAAGUGUUAGCAUAGUGAACUGAAACAGCGAGACGUGUUGUGAGUCCGCAGCUGUAACGCCCGGCGUGCGUGUUUGAUAAGCAGGCGAUAGUGGACGCCCACCUCGCGAUGGAGCCCCUUCAUAAGUUCCGAUGGGGAGACGGGACUGUCUUCGCCCUCACGGAAAAUAAUAAGACUGUCAUUUACGACCUGACAGUCCCGCCACGCCAGGAGAACGGUGUCUACUACACGGCGACCAACUACUCGUACAGCUACACCUUCAACUUCGAGGAGGAGUUCGAGGUGAAGGAAUACACAGGAUGGAUGCGCGUCAACUGGUGGCACAGCAUCAUCUGGACGUCCAUGUACGUGUUCUUCAUCUUCGCCGGCCAGCGCUACAUGCAGAACCGACACCGCUUCGAGCUCCGCAGUUUCUUGGUCGUAUGGAACAUCCUGCUGGCGGUGUUCAGCACGAUGGGCGCCUUCAGGACCGUCCCCGAGAUGUUCCACAUCCUCAAGGAUUACGGCUUCAGCUUCUCGACUUGCAUCUCCGGAAAACCUUUCCUGGACAACCGAGUGGGAGGUUUCUGGAACUGGAUGUUUACCCUGAGCAAGGUUCCUGAGCUGGGCGACACAGUAUUCAUUGUCCUGAGGAAGCAGCCACUGAUCUUCCUCCACUGGUACCACCAUGUUACCGUCCUGCUCUACGCCUGGUAUUCCUAUUCCGACUACAUUGCCACUGCCCGCUGGUUUGUCUGCAUGAACUACUUGGUCCACAGUGUCAUGUACAGCUACUAUGCCCUCAAGGCUCUCAAGUUCCGUGUCCCACGCUGGAUCUCCAUGGGAAUCACCACUGCACAGCUAGCUCAGAUGGUCAUGGGUGCCGCCGUCAACAUCUGGGCCUACCAGGUGAAGCAGGCAGGCAACGAGUGCCAUGUCUCUUACGACAACAUCAAGAUUUCCCUCCUAAUGUACAUCUCAUACUUCGUCCUGUUCGCACACUUCUUCUGCCGUGCCUAUGUUGUCAAAAGCGAGAAGCAGGUUGGAGCUGCACAAGACAAGAAAGGCUCCUUGGCCUAUGAAGGCAAAAGCACAAAAGGCAAAGUGGAAUAACCACUUGCAGGUUAAGCUUUGGGUUAAUAGGAUGUCACAUUUCAAUAGUUGUAUGUCUGUCUCACAAAGAAAUAGAGGAAAGUGGUCACCCAUUGAUAAUUCCUUUGAAUAUUUUUUAAAAAGAAGCAUUUAUGGUAAUGUGCAAGAAGUUAUUCUCUGACUUUCCCUAGAAUACACCUGCUAGACUGUUGCAGUUUGGAAACAGAAUAUUUGAAUGAUUGGUUCAUACUAAAGGUAUAUCAACACAAGCAGCCAGUUUGAAUGCCACCUUUUCAGAUUUACUUAUGAACCAGUGAGAUGAAUACUGUAUUGCUAAAAACAUCCAACAUAGAAUGCAAAACUUGAAUAUAUUUUUAAAACAGCAGUUAAUGAUAAUAAUGAUAGAUCUACAUGGUGUUAUUACAAAGUAUGAUCUUCUCUUCCCUCCAUGCAUUUGAGGAAUAUUGUGAAUAAUUUCUUAGAAUGCUGAUACUGAAUAUUAUCUUUGAAUAUUGUACUUUCUUUCAUAAACUGUCAGGUGUCCAUAUCUCAUAGUAUGGGAUGUUGUAUGCACAAGUAAAAGUAUUUACAUUUUUCAUGAAGCCCUUGUCUUUGGAGUUCAUGCUCUUACUGCUUCCUGUUCUUAUUUGGAAUCUGAUAUUUCUUAUUCUAAUUGUUGUCAAUGUUUUAAGAUAAAACAUAUAUUUGGAAAAUCCUGCAUGCUUUUGAUCAGGUGACUGAUUGCCCAGAGAGAAUCCAAGUCCUGAUCUGAAAAAGGAUUACUUGAUCAGGUUGUGAUAUGAGGAACAAAUUCUUGGGGUCCAUAACUCUAGUGUACUCAUCAUGUUUUCUGAUGAAAAUGUUACAUUUUCACAUAUUUCUUCCCCCUCCCUUCAUUUAUUUUUUCUCAUGUAAUUUUUCUCCCAUGACAUGAAAAGGAACUUCAUGAACACUUCUGCGAAAGUGACAACCCUUUCUUAGCCAAAACAUUCCCCAAAUGUCACCUCCUUUCUGUCUUCCUUUGAUCUCUCAGAUGCAUUCCCUUGUCUACAUGAUUAUCUUUGGUUGUUAUUUAUAUAUUAUGUUGUUAUUUCUUGUUUGUAUGUUUAAUUUGAUAAUGUCAGAGAGGUAUUUGUAGGUGCUGAUCAAGGAAGUGUUUGUGGCAUACAUCUUAUUUUUGAGAUGACUUCAGUCUGUUUUGUUUUUUUUCUUCUUUUUAUGCCUUUUAAGUAUUUUUCAUCUGCUUUUUUAAAAAUAUGUUUGUGAGACAAUGUCUUUACGUCUCACCUGUUUUUGUACGAGUAAUGUAUCAAUACUAAAAGAAGAACGCCUUG